AUGGGUGGACACAAUGGAACGGUGCUUGCUGCCCUCAUUCUGAGCACUAUCUCCAGCCUGCCUGAGCUCCAACUGCCCCUCUCUGUGAUCUUCCUCAUCAUCUACUUGGUCACACUGGUGGGUAACCUGAGCACAAUCAUCCUGACCACGCUGGAUGCCCACUUGCACACCGCCAUGUAUUUUUUCCUCAGACACCUGGCUUACAUCAAUCUGAGUGAUGCCACUGUGAUUUAUCCUAAGAUGCUGGUCAAUUUUUUUAUGGGUCAAAAUACCAUUUCCUAUCAUGCCUGUGCCGUCCAGAUGGUCUCCUUCAUUGUGUUCAUUGUCACCGAAAUGUUCAUCCUGUCAGCCAUGGCCUAUGACCGCUACGUGGCCAUCUGCAACCCUCUGCUCUACAACGUCAUCAUGUCCCAGACGCGCUGCCAGGUGCUGGUGGGCAUUCCGUACCUCUACAGCACCUUUCAGGCUCUUCUGUUCACGAGUAAGAUUUUUACAUCCACUUUCUGUACCUCUCGUCUCACUCAUUUUUACUGUGACAACAUUCUUGUGUCACUUAUGCUGUGCUCAAAUGGACGAGAGAUAGCAUCAUUGAUCAAUCACUUUGCAAUAUUUAACUUGACCUCCUCCCUCCUGGUCGUACUGUUCUCGUACCUUAUGAUUCUCAUAGCCAUAUGUCGAAUGCGGUCUGCAGAAGGAAGAAAGAAAGCUUUCUCUACUUGCGUGUCUCACCUGACAGUGGUGGUAGUUUUCUACGGGACUCUCUUCUUCAUGUACGUACAGCCCAAGUCUGCUCAGUCCUCUGAUAUUGACAAGCUGUCCUCUGUGUUUUAUACCCUAGUGAUCCCCAUGCUGAACCCGCUGAUCUACAGUGUCAGGAACAAAGAAGUCAAAAAUGCAUUCUGUAGGAUCUUCAGGAAGAAGUUUAAAGUUUGUUCUUGGGGCUCCCUAUAG